GGCAAUUCAAAGCUGUUCAGGGCUUUCUUUCAGUACACCGGAACUGCAGAGAGGGACAGCAGGUGCAGGGCAUGCAGGUGGGAGAAAGAAACACUUCAAAGAGUGUUGGAAGGAGAUUGCAGAUAUCUUCCACUAGAGAAUGUCACACAGAGGAAAAGCUAUUUUAGGACUGUGCACUGCUACGGUAAGGACCUUACCUGCGACUUGGCAUUGCAGCAUAAGCUAAGACACAGUGUUGGAUUAUGGAGCAGAAUUUGACAGACCUGCUGGACAGCAGUGGCUCUGAGAACAUAUUGAUGAGUUAUACCUCACCAACACCUAACUCCUCUGAAGCCUAUGAAUAUGCCUUUGACUACUCAGAACUACACAUCAUCUGUCAUCCUGAAGGUAUUCCAGAAUUUGCAUCUACCUUAUUUCCAGUGCUGUACUCCAUACUGUUUGUGGCAGGCCUCGUGGGAAAUGCUUUGGUUGUUUGGAUUCUGACAGUCUUCAUGAAAAUCAAGACCAUGACUGAUGUGUAUCUGCUGAAUCUGACUCUCUCUGACCUCCUCUUGGUAUUCUCCCUGCCCUUCUUGGUUCAGUACUCCAUUGUAAGCCAGUGGACUUUUGGAAAUGCACUGUGUAAAAUCAUCAGCUCAGCUUACUUCAUUGGUUUCUACAGCAAUGUCUUCUUCAUAACUAUUAUGAGCGUUGACAGGUACUUGGCCAUAGUCCACUCCCUCCAUGUUCAAGGUAUUCGGACAACUGCCAUUGGGCUUAUCACCAGUCUGGUUGUUUGGGCAGUUGCUAUUUUAGCAUCAAUGCCAGACUUAGUUUUUUUCCAGGAAGUGAAUGACAAUAACCAGAUUAAGUGCCUCCCUCACUAUCCUAGUGGCAACAAUGGCUGGAAGACUUUAAGUAAUUUUGAAGCCAACAUCCUGGGGUGGUUAAUCCCUGUUGUUGUCCUCAUUUUCUGCUAUCACAGCAUCUUGAAAAACCUGCAGAAGUGCCAUACCAAGAACAAAUACAAAGCAAUAAAACUGGUUUUUAUUGUUGUCAUUGUGUUCUUUCUCUCCUGGACCCCUGUCAACAUUGUGCUGUUUUUGGACUCUCUGAGGAACAUGUACAUCAUCAAUGACUGCCAUACAAGUCAAAGGCUAGACCUAGCUGUGGAGCUGACUGAGGCACUCUCGUUUGUCCACUGCUGCCUAAACCCAGUCAUCUAUGCUUUUGUGGGUGAGAAGUUCAAGAAGCAUCUCUGUGAUGCUUUCAAAAAAUCUGCAUGUUUUCUGUCAAACUGCAAAGGCUACGGGGCUUUCAGUGGGCGCAGCCUGGACAAGCACUCCUCUCUGCACACAAAGUCCUCACAGUUGUCUUCUGUUGGCACUGUCUUGUAGAACUACAAGUCCAAAACUAUCAUCCUGGACAGGUGACCUAAAACUGAGAAAUCCUCAACUGGGCAUCCACAGACAUGGACUGUUUGAGCAAGCUUUUAGGACAUGAAAAGUGGAAGCAGCUGCUUGAUUUUGCUUUUAUUGUGGUUGCUUUUGGUGUUCUCACUUUUUUGAGGUUUUUUUUAUAGCAUAUCCUCCCUUUCCCUUGGCACAUCCUGCCUCGCUUGCUUUGUGAAAUUACCAGCAGACUCCCACUGCCCGAGCAACAUGGAGAGGUACCUUAGAAACAUACCAUCCCCCCUUCAGACUCAGUAUUGAAGAGAACUGUUUAUGUUUUCAAACCCUGGACGCUUGGCCAUUCCUUCCCUCGUCUCAGCAGAGUGUGUUGGCUUUGUGAGCAGGGAUGGGACUCGCUGCAGAAGUGGGAACCUGCUCUUUGGAGGGAAAUGGGGCCCAAGUUUAAGGUGUCAUGCCAGGGCCUGGCUCCCAGUUGACAGAUCUGAACAAUGCUUCCAGCCCCAGAAGAGCUUAGUGAGUAAUUCGAUAAGCAACCAAGAAAUAAAUGCUGUCCAUGUGUUUAGGUAAAAUAAUUGUGAGUUAAUAUCUGUGUAUGAUCCUGACUCCCCAUCUGCUACCAGGGCCUGCAGCUUCUUGGCUGGAAGGCUUUGAAGCUGUAGCUUAAAAAUGAUGCUGUGGACAUCAAGAACAGCCC